AUGGAGUUCGGACUUCUUCUCCUGGUGAUUGCGCUGGCCCUUUUAGCUGCGCCUUGGAAGGGGACAGACAGGCACAUGCAGCAUUCAAGCUGUGGCAACGCAGAAGCCACAGCUCACGUGAGGCCGUGCAACUUCAAAGGGAGGCAUGGCUCUCACAUGUCGAGUCCAGCGUCUCGACCAGCGACCCCCCUACCGCGGCGCCAAAGUUGCUGCGACGGCGCAAGCCGGCUGUGGAGUGGGGAGGGGAACAAGAUGAAGGGACAAAGGCCAAGAGCCAACCCCCUUCGCCGGCCAGCGCUGAUGAAGGACGGGCCUGCAUGUCCACCGGGAUAUUUGAACAAUUUUUGGAUAGGAGAAGCAAUGACAAUGUUGGGCAGUGGCUUCUCCCCUUCUGAGGUGGCGGCGCUUUCUGAGGAUCUUCACCAGAUUCCGGGAAGCUCCGCGGCUUUGGAGUCGAGUGAGCCACUCCUUGCGGUGCAGCAGCCGGUGGAGCAGUUGGUAGCUUCAGAGCCUUGCUCGUCCGAAGAAUCACAGGUUGAGGAACCUGAUUUGGAGCCCCAGCAGGCGCAUGCACCAGUGCCUCCAGAGCCUCCCAUCGAAUCGGCAGAGCUGCAACAGCCACAAGAGUCGGAGCUGCAGGAGCCUGCAAGGCGCAGCAUUUCCGAGACCUUGCGUGCAGCCUCAGCCGAGGAAGAGCCGACAGAAUCCACCUUUGACGAGUUGCUCGAUCACCUCGAGGCAUCUCUGAUGGAGGUGGAACUGUCCCAGCACCAUGCUGUGCUGCUCAAGCGCGCUGAGCUGCACCUGCUUACUUUGCUGGGAGGUCUGCGGGAUCUCCUCAUGAGGUCCUUGCGCAGCCAGACGCGCCGUCGCACGAUGGAGCUGGUCGGCUGCGCUCGGGCCUCGCGGCUGCGCGCUGUCUUGGAAUCGCUGCAUUUGUCGCCAGGCCGAGCAGACGACCGUUUGGUGAGUUGCCGUGCCGGGUGCGAUGCGGUGGAUGGGGUUUUGGCGGACUUUGGAUUGCAGGAGACUCUACGUCAAGAGCAACAAGAGAAGCGCCUAGCCCUGCAACGGGCUUUGGAAGAGAAGCGUCGCAAGGAAGCCGAGUUGCGCAAGUCUCGAGAGAUGCAGCAAGCUGAACUGCGGCGAGUGCAGCUGGAGCAACGACAGGCAUUGACCCAGGCCAUGCAGACUCCCACAUUAGAAGAUGCUGAGAGCUCUCUGCCGGCCCAGAAGUUCACAGCACCAUGCGUGGCACCAGACUUCGCACGAGGGGACUGCUGCAUGCUGAACUGGUUCCUGGAAUUCGCAGAAGCCUUGUUGGGUGAGGUGCUCUGCUUCCUGGACGGCAUCAGCCUGACUAUCUUAGAGAUCUGCAGCACCUGGUGGCGGCGCUUAGUGGGCACCAAGCUGUCGGGCAUUUGGCGCUUUGUCCACUUGUGCAGCCUGGGCGCGCGGCCGCCACUGGCGCUUGCCCGAGUGCCGAAGGGGCUGGCGACUGUGAAAGGUGGCGGCCCCUGGAAGCAGCUGUGGCUGGCGCGCCGAAAGCUGUUGGAAGAGCCAGAUGAGGCUCAGCGGCAAGUUGCCUUCGAACAAGCGCGGCUUUUGCUCAGCCCUGGAUCUCACGCAGUUGUCCAACCACUGAAGCCAAGCGGCCGAUUUUUGCAGAUGAUCAUUCAGAAUUGCCUUCCUGACGGCUUUCAGCACGACCCGCGCUUUGGCCCUUUGCAAGAGAGGUGGUGCAGCCACUUGAUGGUUGGAGUCGAGGCGAUGGUGACCCAUGCAAAUGGAGUGCAGACGAACCAUGAACACCUCUACAUGUCAUGGUCCGUCUGCUUCUCAGCCUUCCAGGGGUUGCCUCGUCUCUUCCUGGCCUCAGCACGCUGGGGCCCGGCGCAAGGGGCUUGGGAGGUCGACCUGGCUGAGUGUCGUCUCCCGGCCAAAGCGCCACUACCCUGGGCUGCCGCUGCACAGGAGAUCCAUGAGCUUCGCGCCGAGAGCCGCGCGCUUUCGUAUGGCCUUUGCGAUGCCACGGAGCUUUGCGGAUUUCAGUUCCAGGGGCCGCAAUGGCGGGUGCGAAAUCCUUCCUUGGCACCACAGGAACAUUGGUAUCGAUUGUACAAGGAUCUCUUUGGACUGGAGCAACGCGACCGCGCUGGACGAGGUCGCGCCUACGACUGCUUGAAGCUGCUCCUGGCUCUAACUUGUCCCAAUCCCUUCGCCCAGGAGCCCCAAAAGUUGGCCUUGGCGCUGGAAAGCUUGCAACCUCACUUGGAGGAUUAG